GUUCGUCCAGCGGACAGCAGCGACAGGUGUAUGUUAUCUUGCGUUAGAGGACAUCAGAGCACCGUCCAUCGCAAUACUUUCCACCCAGACGUCGGUUUCCGCGAGGCAUGUAAUCAAAGUUUUCAUCUCGGAAUUCUCUCAGUCAGAGCCUGCUUCUGCUAUCGAUUGCAAUUGAGUCCCCACUCGCAUACCCAAAAUAUAUAUAUAUAUAUACUUGGCGUAGGAACUUUGAUAGUUUUCUAUGACCACAUUGCAACAUGUCUCCCGCCAAAAAUUCAAACGUCGUUAAAUUUAAAAAGAGUGAAGAUAUUUCCGUUUCCUGAAUAUUUUUCUCAAGAAAGUCUCACCGUUACACUCAGGUCAAAAACGCACGUGAUGAAGUUGGAAACUCUCAAAAGGAUUCCGGAGGACUCUCUUUCUCUGAUCACAAAAAGAGAUAAAGGCGCAUGCCUCAGCAGCAUCGACACAACGGAUUGUGAAAAGGCUCGAUCUUCACUGUUUGGUUGGUUGCUUCAGGAGUUCUUUUUUUUUGGAUUUACUAGCUAUAGCUUCUCCCUUGUCCUAUUAUUCAAUCAGUCCAUCAUGUUUUUUCAAGUUCCUAGAUUGCGAAAGCACUCGUACAUCUCACCCAUUCAGAAGAAAGCGCCCUCGUCUGAUGUUUCUAAUUACAGGCCCAUCAGUAUUACAUCCAUUUUCUGUAGGGUGUUUGAGAAGCUGCUAAGAAAGCAUACUCUUGAGCAUCUUGCAGAGAUCAAUUUGAUUCCUGAUUCACAACAUGGUUUUGUAACAGGAAGAUCUGUAGUUACGAAUAUGCUUGAAUCACUUAAUUACUGGACAGAGGUUUUAGAUAAUAAGAAGAGUAUUAAUGUGAUCUACUUUGUUUACCAAAGCCUUUGA